AUGACGUCAUCGCCGCUCACCUCCCGCCGCAGCCGCGUGCCGCAUGCCAGCGCCUGCCUGCAGGCCGCCAUGCCCGACGGAGGGCUCACGAUCCCCAUCGGUCUGUCUAACCUCACCACUCGUCUGUUCCUCAAUAAAAACCUGAUCAGCUCGCUGCCCGGCGGCUGCUUCUCCCUCCUGCUGCUGCUCGACGAGCUUGACCUGUCACACAACAAGCUCUCCGCUCUGGAGGCCGGGUGUUUCAGCAGCCUGGCGGCCUCCCUCCGUUACCUGGACCUGUCGUCCAAUCAGCUGACGACGUUGGAUCCGGCCGUGUUCGCCGGGCUGCAGGUUCAGGCCAACCUGACUCAGAACCCGUGGCACUGCGACUGCCGCAUGCAGCUCUCCAUGCCUCAGCUGAGUCUGGACUUGUCCUCGCUGUCUGGAGUCGUCUGUCAAACGUCUGACCUCCCCAAUCCAGGCGCCGUGGGCCUCUCUCUGCUCCUGCUGCUGGAGGACUGGGACCUCUGCCUCUCGGUGAGGAGAACCACGGACGUCCUGACCCUGGUCACCAUGUUCCUGUGGUUCGCCAUGCUCCUCGCCUACUUCCUCUACUACAUCCGCCAGAACAAGGUUUUCGCCCGCCGCCACUUCGACUACCUGCAGUUCCUGCAGAGCCGCGACCCCUUCAGCAGCUUCAGACCCGUCUGAGGACCCGGUGGAGCUCCACCACCUGAAACCUUCACGGAGGACGACCACAACUCCUGAACGGCUUGUUGUUCAAACAGCUACAAAAAAUUAUAUCUAAACUCUCCCAAGAGCUUUUUGUUUUUGGAGACACUUAUUUAUCAACAAACAUGUUAAAUUCUUCAACUCAUCAGUAAAUUCUGAAUUUAAUCUGAAAAUCUGAAGUUGUAAGAGACACAAAUGUAUUAUGUCAAAGUUUAUCAGCUGCUGGAAAUCUACUGAAGAAUCAGUAAAGCUCCUGUCAGGGUUUUCAUUAUUGAUAUGUUUUAUUUAUAUUUGUCACAAUAAAAAAAAAUUACAUUUAUUAUUAAUUAUGAAUUAAAAGUUGGAUGAAUAAAUCUGAUGAUUGUUUAAACA